AAAUCGUCAAAAAUUAAACUUUUCAUUAGCUGGAAAAGUUUUUGUGCUUUUGUUAAAUGUUAAAAAAAUAAAAAAUGGAUCCUAAUGAGGAUCCACCACCCCAAUCGCCAACAAAUAAGGAUACGGGUCCGAGUGAAAAUCAAGGUGCAACUUCGCGACGUCUACGUGACAAAGUAACAUAUUAUGAAAAAGUGUGGUCGUCUGGCUCACGAAAUCCCGAUGACGAUCCAGAUGGUUUUAGCAUCGAUGUGCAUGCCUUUGAGAAACGUCUACGGGAAGAACGGGAUAGACGAAUAAAUGAUAGUAGUCCGAGAAUCGAGGUUAAACUAAAAUCGACACCGCAACCAUCGCCCAGACAUUUUGAUUCACCCAAUUUCAAUGUCAAGGUGAAUCGUUACGGAUCGAGUGAUUCCAGUCAACCGGAUUCGUUUGAGGAAAGUGUUGAACGGUAUAAUGAGGCAGGCGAAAUACGCGGAGAUGCUCGCAUUUUUAAAUUCGAAAAAGUGACGGUGAAAAAAACGCGACGCGAAAUCAGUGUUACAUCCCCGAGUGGAGUGAGAUCAUUCUUUUCAUCGGAACGGAUAAGUCGUACCCCAUCCGAGGAACGAAUAUUGCAAGAUGACUCAGCAUACCACACCCAACAUUUUAGCAAUGCCAAUACAUCGAAAUCAUCUUCGAUUGUUUCGUUGCAUGGACAUGAUGUUGUGGACGAGGGCGUCAGACGUCGAACACCGUCUCGUGAACAAACUCCUGAUAGUAGUCAGUCAUGGAGCACAGGAUUGGCAUGCACGCCCGGUAGUAAUGUUGCCACGGGCUAUUCACAUAAACGUCGCCAUCCACAUUCUGAUAGACAUAUAAGUGAAGGGGAAGACAACAGUCUGGACUGGUACAACGACUACAGUGCACACAGUUUCCAGGCUACGGCUGCUAAAAUGAAUUUCAAUCGGACCAAUUCUCAAUACGAUACACAUAUUAAGCAAAUUAGAGAGGAACAAGAACGAGUACAGAAGAAGACAUUCGUCAACUGGAUCAAUUCGUAUCUAUCCAAGCGAGUUCCACCGCUACGGAUAAACGACUUGAUUCUUGAUCUACGAGAUGGCACUAAACUUUUGGCACUGUUGGAAGUACUGUCUGGCGAAAGACUGCCCAUGGAGAGGGGCAGAGUUUUGCGCAGACCGCAUUUCCUUAGCAAUGCAAAUACAGCACUACAGUUCCUUGCGAGCAAAAAAAUUAAAUUGGUUAACAUUAAUCCGGCUGAUUUGGUGGACGGGAGACCACCGGUUGUGCUAGGAUUGAUAUGGACAAUCAUUUUAUAUUUCCAAAUCGAAGAGAACAGUCGAGCCCUUGAAUAUUUGGGUCAUGGAAUCGGUGGUUCACAUAGCUCACUGGACAGCGUCACAGCAUCAUCUAGUGCACAAACUAGUGAUCUUAAGGCUGAAAAAUGGAAACAGGGAGCAAGGAAAACGCUGUUAACAUGGGUUACAAAUGCUUUGCCUAAGGAUUCUGGCAUUGAAGUACGAGAUUUUGGCGCCAGCUGGAGAGAUGGUGUUGCUUUCUUAGCACUUAUCGAUGCCAUUAAGGCAAAUUUAAUAAACUUAGCAGAAAUGAAAAAAGCAUCCAAUAAACAACGAUUGGAAGUUGCUUUCGAUGUGGCCGAAUCGAAAUUGGGUAUUGCACGACUCUUAGAUGCCGAAGAUGUGGACGUUGAUAAACCGGACGAGAAAAGUAUUAUGACUUAUGUCGCACAGUUUUUGCAUAAAUAUCCUGAACCCAAGGGUAGUGGACGCGAUGGGGUUUCAACGUUGCAGGAGGAAUAUAACGAAUUUACCCAAUGGCUGCACACAAAGACAACAACUUACGAAAAUAUGAUACGAACAAAUUCAUUUCCGAGAGACUUUACUCAAUACCAAGCGGCCAAAGCGGAAGUUGAUGGUCGCCUUAGUAUGUACAAUAAAUUGAAGAAUAUCGUUGAAUCAAAGAGCAGUAUGAUUACAAUCACUCCUGGUGUAUGGGAGGAGAUCAGUGAACUGUGGAAUAAAUUACAAAUUCAAUUGCUUUAUUGGCUGUGGAUGUUAGACUCAGGAUUACCUGGAGACUUUAAUGUAGUGGGAAAAUGGCUUGCCGAAGCAGAGAAAUUGCUGUACAAUGAUGAGAUUCCAACGGAGAUGAAUGAAGAAACUGCAUCUAUAAUUAGUCAAAAAUUGGAGGAACAUAAGAAAUUCUUUGCCGACUAUGAACAGAUCGCAGAAAUGUUUGAGAGAGCCAAACAGUCACAAUACGUAAGUCAAAUUCCAUUAGAUCAUUUGAGAAGUAUGGAACGUAGACUGUACGAUGUCGGACCAAAGGCCACUCAGCGGCGCAUUCGCUUGAAAUUCUUAGAGCACAAAUGCUGCCUGAUUGCAUUUUUGAACUUGGUUGAAAACAAGUUGCGGACAUGGUCGGUUAAGUAUGGACGUGAAGACCAGGCGCAACAAAUGUUGGACCAGUACAAGAAUUUUGUUUCAAGAAACAAAAUUUUCCAAGAAUUUGGAAAAGCCUUCAUGGAUAUGCAACAAGUCGUCGAAGAAUACAAGAGAGACGGAAAUAUUACCAGGAAAGACUAUGCUGACAUUGACAGAUUCAUGAGAGAAACGGAAGAAAGAUGGAAAUCCGUUUCGAUGGAGCUGCGAUGCUGCCAAAGUAUGCUGGAAGAAGUCGUUACGAAUUGGAAACGUUGGAAUGCCACCUCUGACGAAUUCGAAGGUUGGUUGUGUCGGGCCGAAGAGAAAAUUCAAGGCAGUGAAGACGAUCGUUUGGAGUUCUUCCAGGACAUUAGCGUUUGGAAAGACAAACAUCAGCAGUUGGGUGACUCAGCUAAUUUCUUGAUUGCUACAUGCACCGAUCCGAUUGCUAACGAACUCAGAUCGAUUUUCAUGAAUUUAUCGUCAAGAUUCGACCAUUUAUUCUCGAAUGCCAAACAAUAUAUGCACGCGGGCGACAUACUCCGAAAUCGUCAGGAUUAUCGAUCCGGUGCCCAAAGAAUUGCCAAUUGGAUUCAAAACGCCGAAAAUGUUCUCGCUCGCCAACCGAUCGGGUCUUCCGAACAGAUUAAGUCGUACGGUGACGAGCUUCAGAAACUGUCGACAGAAAUCGAGGAAAUCGAUGAAUUAUUCAAGAGCACCAGUCGUGUCGUACAGACUUUAAUUCAGGAUUUGUCUCGCGAUGAUGUUGAUAAAAUGAUGAACACACUAAAGAGUCAGAAGGAAGCGUUAGUACGCAUCAGAGCACAAAUACCGAUUAAACUGCAUCUCUUCCAUCAAUUGAUGAUCCAACAAGAGUCAUUGGAACAGGGUCAAAAAGAGAUUCAUCAGUGGCUUGACGAAGGAGAGCUCCUACUGCAAACACUAUCCCUGACAGGUGGGCGCGACGAAGUGAAUGAACAGUUGAACAAACAUCGCAACUACUUUUCACGUACACUCUAUUACAAAUCGAUGUUGGAAAGCAAAAAUAAAGUGUUCCAGAGUCUGAUUAAAUCGGUGGCCUUUGACAAGACCAUCGAUACUAGCGAACAAAUCGAAAGAAUGAAACAGUUGAAUGAACGUUUUGCGUACGUGGUUCAAAACUCUCAACAAUGGGAAAAUCGUUUACAAGAAGCUGGACGCUGUUGGCACAAUUUCAAAGAAAGUGAACGCGUUGUUUCGGAGUGGCUGAACCAGGCGGAUAUUUUGUUGUCGGAACGACACAUUGAUUCCAAGCAGGCAAUUGAUACACAGAAAUUGUUCUUUGAAAAUGUCAAUGAACGAUGGAUGAACGAUCUGGUGCAAACCGCUCAAGAUUUAAUUAAAAGUCUGCCAGCUAACGAACAUCAAAAUAUAAUCGAAAUUGUCGAGAAAUUGCAAGGAAAAUGGAAGGAAGUAUUGGGCACCGCACCGCUUCAUCUAAUGCGAUUGGAAUUCCGAUUAGACGAGUCCACUUUCAAUCAUUAUAUGAAGGACAUUGAAAAGGAGAUUCACUUAGAGCAACAGGCGCUCAACAAAAACGAAGACAUUGACUCAAUAAUGCGACGCAAUCAAGAUUAUUUCAAGAAUAAAGGUACCGUAGUACAAGUGGAAAGGUGCCUAUCGAACAUGGAACGGCUAAGCAAAACUUACGCCCAAUACGAUCAGAAGGACAAGGCUCUGACGAAUGGUUUCAAAAAUGCUGAACAACAAUGGGAGAAAGUGGCUCAGAGUAUCGAAGAUAUGAGAAAAACUCUACAACAAAUCCCAGCCCAAUGGGAUUAUUAUCGUGAGAAAUUUACUGAAAUGGUAGCAUGGAUGGACACCGUCGAUGAUACGUUGAAAAACAUUAUUAACGAAGUCAAUUCAAUGGAAGAGUUUGAACGCGAACGAGUUGUAUUUCAGAAUAUUUGCCGUGAAGCAGACUCUAAACGGGAAGAGAUGAAGUGGUUGGUCAAGACACUCGACUCACUUCUGCCGUACGCGACCGAUCAAGAGGCAACUAUGGAACAACGUAGCCUUGAAGCGCUGAUUGCCCGUUAUAAAAAUCUUAUUCCAACAAUCGAGGUGACGAUGGUAAAGACGGAAGUCUUCUCGAAAUGCUACACAUAUCGCCGCGAAGUGCACGAAGUUGUGUGCCUAUUGAAUAAAGUCAAAGAGCAAACAGUCAAUGCACCAGCACCAGACAGCUUAGAACGUGUGAACAAAAUGAUUCAAGAACAACAGUUCGCAAUCAGCCAGUUGGAUCAUCAACGAACGCACAUAAUGUCAAUGUUACAACGUGGACGCGAUUUGAGCAAGGAUGCUCAUGCGCCGUCAUUUGUGACAGCAGAAGUCAAGACUCUGGAGAGUGGUUGGAAUGGAGUCUAUAACGAAACAGUUGACAAAUUGAGAGCGUUGAAAGGAACUCAAUCGGUUUGGAAUGAGUUCCACGAACAGAAAAUGGAUAUCAUGAAUCUGUUGGGAACAGCUGAAGGUGAACUACGAUCCAUUACGCCACUACAAACCGAUCCGAAAAAUGUGAGCUCAGAUUUGAAGAAUAAACGCGAAUUGAAUCAAACGUUGCAACAAGCUUCGCGUCAAAUGAUUCAGAGGCUACACGAACUAUGUGAUGAACUAACACCAUUGGCUGAUCCUACGAAACGACCAGUGUUAGAGAAAGAAGUGACCGAACUUGAAAAGCAAUUCUUCAACACCAUGGAACAUGUGAAAGAUCGUGUUGGAUACUUGGAAGAUUACAGUGCUAAAUGGAAUAGUUACAAGGCCAGAUUAGCCGACCUGCAGGCCUGGGCUGCCAAAACAGCACCACAAUUAAUUGAAGCCAUACAAUCGCUCGAACUAUCACCAGAAGAACGUGUGGCUAAAGCGAAUGUACUACAGAAGACUCUAACUGAGAAAAUGAAAGCUCUUGAUAUGCUAGCUAGCGAUGCCAGUGAAUUAGCACCGAAAGAAGGCAAUUUCCUGGAAGCGAAACGAUUGAAGGGCGAAGUUUUUAAAUUGCAAGAAACAUUAAGCGCUCUGAACCGUAACGUUGAUCAUCAAGCCACGGCUGUCAAAGAAGAUUUGGUCAAUUGGCAGAAAUAUCAAACAGGCAUCCAAGAAAUCAAGCCCUGGAUCGAACAUUCUGAAUCGAAAAUUAAUCUCGCCGUAUCCAAGCCCGUCACGUUGCAAGAAGCCGUACAGCUGCAGCAUCAGGCGAAACAAUUUGAAAAACAAUGCGAACAACAAUUGGAUAAACUGCAUGGCGUCGCUUCCAUCAGCAAUCAAAUGCUGUGCAAAACAAAUGCGGCUGAUGAACUGGAUGCUGUUUCGUCGCGAUGGUCGUCGGUCCAAGAAAAUGCGAAACAAGUCACCAAUAAAUUCGAAAAAUUGGUUGCCGGUUGGCAAGGCUUGGACGCUGAUGCCAGUAAGCUAGAACAGUGGAUCAACGACAAUGAGAAGGCCAUCUCGAAGCGACCCGAUUUGACGAAUACACCAUACGUGGAUAAGUUGGAGAAGGAACUAGUUAAGUUGAAAUUGUUCAACAACGAAAUCUCAGAACAACAAGCCAAAUUAGUGACAUUAACUCAGACAUCCGAUCAGAUUGGUCUGGGAUUAGCACCGGAAGGAGCUGCUGCUUUAAAAGAACGAAUUAAUUCGAUGAAAGGAAAAAUUUCAAAACUUUCCGAAUCCGUACGCGGAAAAAUCAACUCCAUAUCCGAUGCCAUUAUGGCUCGACAGGACUUCAACGCUAAAAUGGCCAACUUUAGUAAUUGGAUGGAUCAAUUGCGAGGACAUGUUGUUCAGGUUGAAGAAAUAAAUAUGGAAAGAGUAGAGCCGAGUUUACAAACGGUGCACGCACUGCUUCAAGAACAUUCAGAAAAGAAGCCAGUUUUCAAUGCGAUCCGAAACGAGGUGAAGGACCUAACACAGCGUGCUACACCGGAAGAAAGUCUUAUUAUAAAUGACUCUUAUGCGGCCUUAGUCAGCAACUAUGAUGACAUUGAAAAUGAUCUACAGAGAAAGAAAGGAUCGUUGGAAAAGUGGUCCGAACUGAUCGGAUGGAAGAACGACACGGAUGGACACAUAAAUCACAUUAAGCAUCAAUUGGAAAAGGCAGACAAAAUUGAGCCUCAAAAUUUGGCGAAAAUUGUAGCCGAAAUUGAUGAGGUAACCAAAAGUGUUUCCCAUUGGAGAAAUCAGGCCGUGCAGAUUGACGACAAUCCAGUCAUACAUCUACGAGAUAUGGUCUCCAGAAAACCACUAAGUGCCGUUCAAAUUGUCAACGACUUGGGCAAUAAAUUGGAUGCGCUUAAGCUGAAGUCUCAAGGACAGAUGGAUGUCAUCCACAAAAUGGAACAGCGUAAAUCCCGAUUCAAUAAUUUGGAAAAUCAAUUGGUCACGCACCUAGCGCAAAACAAACAAAAAUUGGCGGACAUCUUACGCAACACACCAAACUUCGCUAAUAUUGACCAGAUCAACUCGGACUUGGUGGCAUUGAAUGAAAUUAUGCAAAAGCAAGCUGCACUUCGAGACAAAAUUCACGAUGAAGGUGUACAGCUAAUGAAGGACGACAUUUCUUCCAUGCCCGCCAUUCAAGAGUCCAUUCUAGUUUUGGAUAAGAACUGGGAUGGCCUUCAGCAGGAGAUUGUCGACCGCAUUCAAAAGUACACAAUCAUAAGCCAAGGACUGAAGGAGUACGCUGAUGCAAAGGAUCGUUUCGGAAAGGAAUUACAAAAAGCUUCGAACAUCUAUCAGUCGGUUCCAUCAGCACCGUCCGGCGAGCAACAGUUACUGCAAACAGCAGAUAAAUCGAAAAAGGCCUUGGAACAGAUAAAGAAGGCGAAAGUAACACUCGACGAACUGGAACGUAGGGGUCACGCAUUGGUGAAACUUUUCGACGCAAUCGAAAAUGUCAUUCCCAAUGAUGAAAUAGUCAAGGAAAUGGAUACUUCACACAAAGACUGGCAACAGUUGUAUGACAAAAUAUCGAAGAACGCUCACACCUACGAAACGGAGGCAGUAAUUUGGAAUCAAAUCGAAGAAAAUAAAAACGAAUUGAUUCCUUGGUUGUCCGAAACCAACCAGUCACUGGUUGAUGCUGCAGAGAAUACACUAGAGAUCGAAUUUGGACCGAUCCGGCUCAACAAGUACACAACGGAAUUGCCGUCUUACAUUGGAAUUCGUGACGAUAUCAUCGAAAAAAUAACCGAAUUGACGCGAAUGAACAACGGUGUACCGAUUCCGCAAUUGGAGCAGCUGAAAAAGGAAUUGAUUCAACAGUUUGUCGAUGUGAACACAAACGCUCAACGUUUACAGGCUGUUGCUAGUACGUUUGAUGAGCAAGAAAAAGAUCUGCGUAAAGCAAUCAAAUCUUCGGGUGAAGUUGUUACAAAAUUACGUGAGGCAUUAAUCAAAUGUGACGAUAUGUCCGGCGACAAUACGAAAAUCAUGCAAAGAUUACUGGAUUGCAAGGCUCUUAAAGACCAACUAUUGGACCAGGGUUCCGAUAUUGACAAUCUACACGUCCGCGUUGAUGAAAUGAAGAGCAAUUAUCCAACGUUUGCCGAGUCAAUUGUUCCAAAAGAGCUAAGCAACAUUCAGAAACGAUUCGAUGGAGUCAUCCUGCACGCUAAUAAGAUCGAAGGAGCGUUGCUGCAAUUCCUCAAGAAAUUCCAUAACGAUAAAGUCGGAAUGUUACAACGAAUGAUUACCACACAAAAGGAUAAAAUUGCAUGGUGUGCACCAGAAUCAACUAGUGACAAAUACAAUUUGGAAGUGAAAAAAUCUUCCCUGAACGAUGUCCAAAAGGGUAUUACCGAAUGCGAUGGACGUUUAGCAGAAGUGCAAAAGUCGUUGGACAUGUUGAACACUGUAGAAGCGCCAGACGCUGCACUAAAACGCAAUUUGGACAAAAUAUCGAAAGAUUUGGCUACUUUGAGAGACCAGUACGAAACUACCAAACAUGUGCUGGAUUUGAAUGUCGAUUUGUGGACUCAAUACGAGCAAUUGACGGAAAAUGUAACGUCAUGGUUGAAGGACAUUGAAUCCAAAGUCAAGACCGAAGCCAACUCCCAGAUCGAGGUAAAUAAUGUUGACUCGAAAGUGGCUGAUCUGGAAAACUAUGCCGCUCAGAUUAAGGCAUACAAACCGACAAUCGAUGAAUUGGACGGUAUAGCCAAAGCUUUGAUGGCAACAAACUCAGAAGCUCGUGUCGGACAAUUCGUCUCACAUCUGACAGCUAGAUACCAGGCUGUAACCAGAAAUGUUGCCAAUCAAUUAGAUCGUGUACGCGAUAUGAAGAAUACUCACGACAUUUACGUUAAAAGUGCCGAAGAAUGCAAGGAUUGGAUUCAAGAUGCCCGAAUGGAAUUCAAUGAAUUGGCUCGUAUGGGUUCGCCAGGAUCAGGUCCCACGUCCGAACAACUUGACUUGGUAAAACAAUUCGUCAAGGACCUGGAAAAUGGACAGAUAUUAUUGAACAAUGCUGUCGAUUCGGGCGAAUAUUUGUACUCUGGCAUCACGCCAGAGAACCGGGAAAAAAUUCGAAACGAAAUCCGCAAAUUAAGGGAAGACUUCGAUAAUGUUCAUGACGAAGCCAAUUCAUUGUUGUCUCAAGUAGAAUCUGUUUUGCUGCAAAAGACUUCGAUCGAAGAAAGCUACUCACAAGUGAAACAAUGGCUCACCGAAUCGAAGGCCAAAUUCAGUCCAACUGAGCUGUAUCCGACGUUGGCUGAAAAGAAAGCGGCCCUGCAGAAAUUCAAAUCACAACUUCAAGAUAACAAUUUGCAUAAGAGUGCGUUGAAACAAUUGCAGAACAAAGCAUCCUCAUUGUCCGAUGAAGAAGCCGAACAGCGGGUUGCCCAAUCCAUAAAUGAGUAUGAUACACUUAGCAAGAAUCUAAAUGAACGAAUUGCAAUUCUGGAAAAUCAAGUGGCUAAUCACGAGGCAUACGAUCAAAUCCUUGAAAAGUCGCACGAUUGGCUGACUGCGCUGAAGGCCGAAGCAACUGAUAUUCUGAACGAAGGUACAUUUGAAAAGGAUGGAGCUGAAGAGAAGUUGAUUGUCGUUGAGAAUAUGAUCAUGCAACGACCAGAAGGAGAAAAGAUUUUCACAGCUUGUCACAAACAGCUCCAAACUGUGCUACAACAAACCCAUCCAAAGGGUCAUCCAGCGUUAAUAAAUGUCUACGAGAGUCAGAAGCAUUCGUGGGAUGAGUUCAUUAACUUGUGUGAGGCGUCAAUGUCAAAGCUGAAACAGUUAUGCACUAAGUGGGACGAAUUUGAGAACAUAAUCGAGAGAUUAGAUGCUUGGCUGAAGCAAACCGAAAAUGUUGUCCGUGAUCAGAGUUUGAAGAGCACUGCUGAGAAGAAGGAAGAACAUUUGAAAAAGUUGAUUAAAGUUAACGCGGAAAUUGCAGCCAAAGCAGCCGAAAUAUCGAACAUCGUUGAACAAGGACACGAAAUCGAAGGCGAGACUGAUUUGAAUCUGCGAGUGUCACGUUUGAAUACUCGCUAUCAAACGCUGAAGAAUAUUUGCAAAGAAAGCAUUGGCAGAUACGAAAUCUACACGAAGGAUCACAAAACAUUCAACAACGACUAUGAAGUGUUCAAAAAUGAGCUACUUGAAUCUAUCAAAGAUCUAGAGAACAACGGCGAAGUUAUUGGUGACUAUGCCAUUCUGCAAGAUCGUCAAAACAAAAUUCGUUCAAUGUCGGAAAAACGUAUUAACGACAGCACCAUGUUCGAAGCUUUGAUAGACCGUGGCGAAAAGCUCUACACUCACACCAGCCCCGAUGGCAGGGAGAUCAUACGUCAACAGUUACGCCUACUUCGCACAUCUUGGGAUAAUUUCACCGACGACCUAAAUUCGUCGACUCAAAAACUGGAUCAGUGUCUGCUACAGUUCGGUGAAUUCACUGCUGCUCAAGAACAAUUGACCAAAUGGUUGAAAGAUGUCGAAAAGUCAAUGGAAAUUCACACGGAAUUGAAAGCAACGUUACAAGAAAAACGUGCCCAGCUACAGAACCACAAACUGAUGCACCAAGAAAUCAUAUCGCAUAAUGCGUUGGUGGAGUCUGUUUGUGACAAAGCUCAACACUUAGUCGAUCAAACGAAAGACUCGUCGCUGAACAUUUACAUCCAAUCAAUUCGUCAAUUAUUCGGUAACAUUGUGUCAAAAUCACAGGAUUUGCUAGAGAAUUUGGAAGGAUGUGCUCAGGCGCAUCACGACUUCAAUGUAGACAUAGCAAAUCUGAAGAGCUGGUUGAAUAGUGAAAUGGAAAAAUUGUUGGAAUGUGACGAUACAACAGGAGAGAAGAGUGACAUCAACAGAAAGUUGAACAGCUUAGAUUUGCUGAAAAACAAUAAAGCAGCUGGGGACAAGAUGUUGAACGAACUGCUAGAGAAAUAUCAAAUUGUCAAGAAGAGCACGUCACCUAAGGGUGUAGAGAUUCUCAACAAGGAAUUGGAUGACCUAACGAAGUCUUAUGCAAAUCAUUACAACGACAUAAAUGCUACAGACGACAGGCUUCGCACGACGCUGCAACAAUGGAAAGACUUCGAAAAGAAUUUGGACGAUCUAACGAAAUGGUGUCGCAAUUCGGAAGCGAUUUUCAGAGAUCAACAACUUCAAUCAACUCUCAGUCAAAAGGCCAAACAAUUAGGUGUCUUCAAAGAACAACGAGAGAACAUUCUGCAAAAACAGAAACUAAUUGAUGAGUUCAUGGAUGAAGCUAGCAGUCUACUGAAUAACAGCGAAGCCGAUCGAUUAAAAACCCUGAUUUCACAGCUGACAAACCGCUACCAGUUAUUGCAAGUUCUUAGUAAGGAGGUCGUAAAUCGAUGGGCAACAAUGGCUGAGGAUCACCAGCGCUACGAAGACAAAUUGAAAGAGGUCACCACGUGGAUGGAGCCAGUAGAAAAGAAACUUGACCUAGCUAUGAAAGAGGAGCCAGGAGCUGGAACAGCUACCAAUUUGCUACAAUUCUUACUCAACGAACGUGACCAAGCUGAGGGAUUACUGUCCAAUCUAACAAGUCUGGGAGAAAAGGCUCUUCCGGAAACAUCCACUCAAGGCAGAGAAAGACUCCGAGCUGAGAUGAGAAAUGUUCGCGAUAAAUGGGAUAAACUGGACGAAGGAAUACGCAACUUACAGAAACGUCAAGAAGCCCAAACCCUUCAAUGGUCUAGCUACCAAGAUAUGUUACAGCAAACCCUGUCUUGGCUGGAUACAAUGGAACACUGUCUCCAACAGGAGAAUCCGAAUACAUGGACAUCACCACAAGAAAUCCGAUCGAAGCUUUUCAAAUUCAAGGCGUCGUUGCAAGAAAUUUCUUCUCACAAACGCAUCAUCGAGGCUGUGAGUGACAAAGCAACAGCUUUGAUACAAAGUAAUGCUAUUUCGAAUCCGGACGAGGUGCAAGCUACAGUUGCUGAUAUAAAUGAACGUUACGAUAAGCUGGUAGCUAAUUGCUCGAAAAUUAUAUCGCAAUUGGAUGAAGCGAUUGAAGUGUUCCAACAAUUUAGUGACUUGCAAAAAUCGCAACAAGACCACCAGAAGAACCUCUGGGACCGUUUAACUGGUUACUCUGAUUAUUCAGGCAGUAAACCAGCGCUCCAAACUCGACUGGCUAAAGUGAACGAAAUCCAAUAUUCGCUACCGGAGAGCACACUAAAGUUGCAAACUCUGGCCAAUCACAUCGAACAAAAGACAUCGGGAAUUCCAGCUCGCUGUAAAGAGGCUAUGACCCGUGAUCUGACCAACUUGAAUGUUGAUUUUGAACGCUUUACCUCAGCAUUGAGUGAUGUUAAAAGUGCUCUGGAAAAUCGAUUGCAACAGUGGAACGAUUACGAGCACAAUUUGGACCGACUUAUCACAUGGCUGGGUGACGCUGAAAGUAGUUUGAAGAACUAUUCACCGCGUUCGACCUUGGAAGAAAAACAGGACCAGUUCAACAAAUUUCAGACACUAAUCGUCAGUCUUCGUCAAAACGAAUCUGAAUUUGAUAAAAUGACCGACGAAUCAUCUGAAUUGAUUCAAAGCAGCGGUGAAACCCGUAUAUCCGUCAACGUUCAACAAGUAACGUCGCGGUUCCAAUCCAUUCAGACAACUGCCAAAGAAAUUGUUAAGAAAUGCGAACAGGCUGUGACCGAUCACCAGCAAUACAAUGACAAAUACAAGCAAUGCUCGAAUUGGAUUUCAGCUGCCCAAGUCAAAUACAAUAAGUGUUGUGACAACACACAGGCUGGCUCCAGACAAGAUUUGUCGGAUAAUAACAAGGCAAUUGAGGAAUUAUUGGCUCAGCAUGGAAGUGCCACGUUGUUGCUGAAUAAUACCAUAGAGUUUGGCGAAAAAUUAUAUCCGAGUACUGCACUUGAGGGCAGGGAAGCGGUUCGUCUUCAAUUGGAAGAUUUAACACAAGCAAUGGAGCAACUUUACGAUAAUGUACAUAGCACGGCUCGAUUGUUACAAGGAAAGCUAUCCAAAUGGUCCGGUUUCGAUGAAACCGCUGAAAAAUUACAGACGUGGUUAACAGCGUUGGAAAAACAAAUUCAACCGGAAAUAGAACUCCGCACUACAUUGGAUGAGAAACGCGGACAAUUACAAACGUACAGAGAUGUUCUCGGCGAUAUUCAAAAUCAUCAAGCGGACAUUAUCAAUUUGAAAGACAUAACGGAAAAUCUACCGGAAAAGAGCGACAUAAUCGAACAACGCUUCACGGCCAUAAAAGACAUGUUCAAUAAAUUGCAGAAGAGAGUCCAAGGAUUCGUGGAACGAUAUGAAAAUAUUGUCAGCGAUCACCAGCAAUACUGUAAAGCAGUCCAAGACACUCAAGAAUUCAUUGAAGCCACACAGAAUACAGUGGAUUUAUGGGGAGAUCUUGAAUUGGAACGCGUAUCACUUAGCACAAACUUGGAUCGUCUAAAGAAUUUGCAAGCCAGUUUAAGUGACGAAACACCACGAAUCGAUCAGAUAAGGCGAUUGGGAGAAAAGGUCAUCCCUGGAACGGUCGAAUCCGGUCAAGUGAACAUUCAAUCGCAAAUCGACUGUUCGCAACAAGAAUGGGAAGGACUACUGUCGCUGAUACAAUCAACCGUUGAAAGCAUUGAGAACAAGUUGCAGCAAUGGGAUGAAUAUGAAAAGCUCAAAGAACAGUGUACGGCGUGGAUUCAACGUACCGAUAUGCAGUUACAUGCAGUUGAUUUGAAGGCAACAAAUCAAGAGAAGAAAGAGCAACUAGACGCGCUGAAGACAUUGCAAGGUGAAGUACGUGCAAAGGAACUAGAAAUCGACAAUGUGAAUGACAGAGCCCAAUUACUUUACAAGGGAUUGGCCAGUACAAGAUACUCACAAGUAUCCGAUCUCGUUCCGAAAUAUCAGCAAGUUUCACACAAAGUUAAAGAAUUGAACACACGCUGGCAACAGUAUGUCACAAGUCAUCAGGAAUUUGACAAUCAAAUUUCUGAAUGUACGCAAUGGUUGGACGACAUAAAAGACAAACUGGAAUACUGUUCUGACCUCAGUGCAACUUCCCAAAAGGACUUGGAACAAAAACUGGCCACUAUUCAAGAUCUUCUCUUGCUGAAAGACGAGGGUUUCGCCAAAGUUCAAUCGAUCGUUGAGUUGGCUCAAAGUGUUUUGGCUAACACAGCUCCAGCUGGUCACGAUACAAUCAACAAAUCCUUGGCACAGCUACAAGAUGACUGGUCAGCACUGGCUUCCAAAAUGGUCGACAUCAAAUCUAAUUUGGGUGAAUCAAUUAAUCAGUGGUCCGGCUUUUUGGAACAAAUUCAAAAUGUUAACAAAACUGUCGAGUGGUUGGAUGGAGUGGUAAAAGAAUUGUCAGAACAUCAGACCACAAUGCCAGAGAAGAAAGCUCAACUCGAACGUAUCAGAACCACGGAUGAGAAAGUGCGCUUGGAAAAGAUCGAUGUUGACACAUUGAAAACUAAGGCAGCUGAAAUGCUUGCCAGUGGUCAACAGAGUCAAGCAGCCUAUCAAGCCCAACAAAUUCUAAAUAAAUUCGAUUAUUUGGCCGAUAAGGUUAGAAAACUGUUGGCUGAUCGCGAGGAGCAAUAUCGUGAUCAUCGACUAUUUAAGGAGGCAUACGACGACUUAUCCAACUGGAUUACACGAGCUCGUGAGAAAUUCCCAUCACUAAGACAACGACCGCUUAGCGACAAAUUAGCCAUAGAGAAUGCGGUUGGUCCAAUCGAUGCUUUGUUGAAUAAACAAGCUCAAGGCGAACUGCUUGUGGAGCAUUUGAUUCAUACUGGCGAAGUUACAUUAGCGUCAACCUCACAACAAGGCAAAGAUGCAAUCAAAAAUGACAUUCGAUCGAUACGCGAAAAUUUCGAAGGUCUGUUCAGGGAAUUGACACAAGAAAAGGAUCAAUUGGAAGCGACUUUGAUCCAUUGGCGAGACUACAAAGAAGAAUACGAACGAUUGUCAGAAUGGCUUCAACAAAUUGAUAUUUUAGUCAAAAAUCAUAAGCUCGCUCUCCUUCCGAAUCUUGAAGAGAAGAAGAAGCAAGUGGUUGAUAUGAAAGGAAUAUUGGACCGACUUUUGAGAGGAAAAAGUGAUUUCGAUAAAUUUGAAGCGUCCGCCUCUCACUUACUAUCGUCGCAUCUGGACACAUAUGUUGGUAAUCAGUUGAAGCACCUUAUUUCACGUUACCAGGUCCAAGUCAAUCUGGCCAAGGACGUAAUGAAAAAAGUGGAAACCAAUCACGAUCAACACAAAGACUACAACGAUAACUUACAAAAGUCUCAGAAAUGGAUUGAAAAUGCUAGAGAAACAAUUCGCAGUUGUAGUGAAGCGUCGAGUGCCAGUAGUAAAGAUGUCUUGCAACAACGUCUUCUUCAAAUUCAAGACUUGAUUCGACGACGAGAAGAAGGCCAAAGUCUUAUUCAUAUGACCAUAAACAACGGCGAAAAAGUUAUCCGAAAUACACGUUCCGAUGGCAAAGAAGCAAUCAACAACGAAAUCAAAGAGCUUCAAAACGACUGGGAUCGUCUAGUCAAGAAAAUGUCAACUGCUAAAGUUCAUCUGGAAACAUCGCUACUUCAAUGGGCUGACUACAGUUCCAGUUACUCACAAUUGUCGCAAUGGAUCACUGAACGAGAAGCCAAGUUACAACAAGUAUGUGAACAGAAAGUGGCUAAAUCUAAGAGAGGACAACCUACCCUCAGCUCAGGAUUGUCGGAACGAAAAGCCAAUCUGCGACAGACCAACAAUAUCGUUCAGGACAUUGUUUCUUUUGAGCCCAUGAUUCAGUCGGUCACUUCGAAAGCAUCCGAUCUUCUGCAAGCAGCCCCAGCAUCGGAAAUAUCUACCAAAUACGAAACAUUGAGCAAGCAAGCGAAAGACUUGUACGAGAAGCAAAAGGAAGCAGUUGAACAGCAUCAGGCAUUGAUUGAUGCUGAAAAUGAGUUUGCCCAAUGGCUUCGAACAUCGAAAGAGCGACUAGGUCCGUGCUCAGAACCAACGGGCGACAAAGAGACUUUAUCUGCGAAAAUAGCCCAAUUGACAAUUUUGGAAAAUGAGAUCGAAGAUGGUCAGAAGAAAUUGGAUAAAACUCUGGAGCAGGGAGAGAUCGCCGUUCAACACUCCGAGCCUGAGGACAAACUUUUGAUUGAAGAAGCUGUUGCCUUCCUACAAGAAGAGUUCGACAAUUACGUUGAUACCCUAAAAUCAGCUAAGAGUCAACUCGAAAUUGCGAUAGUUAAGUGGACCGAAUACGAAGAUCAAUACAGCGAUGCUCUCGACUGGCUAAAUAAAACUGAGGCAGAAGUCCAAUCGUUCAACAAAUUGCAAGACAGCCUCGAAGACAAAAAAUGUGUACUGGAGCAAUUCCAAGCCCAUCUACAAACGCUGUUCGACUGGCAAAAAGAAUUGGACAAUUUGAACGUUUUGGCUCAGUCUCUUCUGGAAACAUGCGCAGAUACCAGAAUUAGCAAUGCCGUUACACAGUUGACCACCAAGUACAAUGCUCUACUCUCGUUGGCCAAGGAAAUAAUGCGACGUCUGGAGUUACACUACCAAGAACAUCAACAACAUCACAGCUUGUAUGAAGAGUGUCAGUAUUGGGUGGAGAGAACACGAGAAAAACUCAAGGACUGUGAAGACAUACCGAGUACGUUGACUGAAGUUCAAAUCAAAUUGAAUACCGUCAAAAGCAUUCGUCAAGGUUUUGAACAAGGCCAGAACAAACUCAGAUACGCUUUGGAGCUCAAAGAGAAGGUCAUCAUGAACACAGAAGUUAGUGGAGCCGCCAAGAUCGAAGAAGAUACCGAGAACUUGAAAUUGGAAUUCGACUCACUGCUCGUUAGUAUCACAGAAAUCAGACAAAAACUGACCGCACGUCUCGGCCAACUCGAAGAAAUUUUCAAACUUUACAAAGUUUUGGUGGAGUGGCUGGACGAGAUUGAACCGAAUUUACUUGAGGUGGAUUCAUUCUUGAAUGAUCUCAGCGAGAAACGAUCUGCUCUGGAAAAGUUUAGAGCUCUGCAGCGCGAAAUAAAUAGCCACAGCGAAAUGGUUGAGAAAAUUAAUCAGCGAUUAACUGAAGACAGUAAUUUGAAUCGCAGAGAAUUCGCUGAUGGAUUGCAACGAUUCGAAAACAUCCAAGAAAUUGUUGGCAAAAAUAUUGAGAAAAUUGAAAAUCAAGUCAACAACCACGAAAAGUUCAAACUUGCUUUCAGUGAAAUUUAUGAAUGGAUUCGCAAGACUAGAAUGGACAUCCAACAGUGCUCCGAUUCGCACGGCGAAAAGGACUCGGUCAUGAGCAAAUUGGCAAAACUUCAAGACAUCGAUUUGUCACUACCGGAAGGUAAAAUUCUAAUGGAAACUGCCAUCGGACUCAGUCAGAACGUGAUCGAUACCAGCGGCAGCGAAGGACAAGAUUUGGUCAAACAAGAAAUUCGACAGCUCAAAUUCGAUUGGGACAGUUUACAGCAAAUGUCCAAGGAAGCGCACGAUUCACUGAAUCAGUGCAUUGCGUCGUGGAACAAUUUCACCAGCAAGUUCGAUAAAAUUAACAAAUGGAUCGACGAAUAUUCGAAGAAGGUGCGAGUCGAGAGCGAUAAAGAGAAUAAAACACCGGAAGAUCUCGUGAGGUGUAAGAAACUUCUAGCGGAAGUCUUAGCCGAAAAGGAAGCGGUGGAGGAGUUGAACGACGCCUGCGAAAUUUUGAUGGAACACAGUGCUUGUACGAGAGUGCGUGACCAGACGGUUGAAACACAAGCCAACUACACAAAGUUAUUGACUUCGGCUCAAGGACUUGUAGCCAAGGUUGAGAAAAAUCUGUCCGAUCACACCGAAUUCCUGAACUACAAAAACGAAAUGGACAAAUGGCUUGCUAAAGCCAACGAAACACUGGAAAGUUGUUUCGGCAAUGGCACUGAAAAUGAGACAAAACAAAAAUUAGAAACAGUUACGACAUUAUCGAACCGUAUUCCUGAAGGAAAACAUCUGCUGGGCAUGGUCCAAGACGCAUUUACUAAAGCCACAAAUGUAACACCGGAGGACAAACAAGACGAUCUUCGUACUCACAUGUCAACGUUACGCGAAUCGUGGGAACAUUUCACGAUGAAUGUACCGGAAAUUUUGGCUACUCUGAAGUCAGCUUUGAAUCGGUUUGACGAAUACAACGACUCGAAACAACGAUUCGAGAAGUGGUUAACGGAAACUGAACAAACUCUAACCGCAAUGCCGGAAACCAGAGGCGAAUUGAGUGAAAUGAAAACGAUGCUUGAGCGAUUCAAACACUUGCAGGAACAAAUCACUGCUAAGCAUAACGAUUUGGAUCAUUUAACUGGUGAAGCAAAGGAUUUGAGUUCAUGGUCUAGAGCUGCUACUCAACUGGAAGAUAUAAGUAAAUUGCAGGCACGUUGGGAGAAACUAAAUGCCGAAUGCUCUCGUCGUAUUCAAAUAGUCGAAGCUGAAGUUAGCAACUACAAUUCGUAUCACCAAAAGUUGCAAGAAGCCGAAAAAUGGCUGCUGCAAGUAUCCUUCCAGUUAAUGGCACACAAUUCACUUUACAUUACGAAUCGUGAACAAACACAAGAGCAAAUCAAUCAGCAUGAAAUACUGUUGGACGACAUUCAAAAGUAUCAGAACAAUUUGGAUGAUUUGCGUGCCAAGGGCCAGAGUCAAAUUGAACGUUACGAGCAAACAACGCCGAACAUCCGUAACACCAUCGAAACCCAGUUGAAAAACAUUCAAGACAGCUACAACGCUUUGCUGAACACCUCAAUUCAGAUUCGCAAUCGCCUGCACGAAUCGUUGGCCAAAUUCCAGGAAUACGAAAACACCAUCGACUCAAUCAUGCACAAUUUGGAGAAUUACGAGCCAAUCAUCACCACAGAAUUGGAAGAGCCGGCAACGGAUUUGUCUAUGGCUCAAAAACAAUUGAAAUUGGCCCAAAGUCUGCACAGUAAACUUCAAGCCGAGAAAUCACGUUUGGCUGUUGCCGUUCAAGCUUGUGAAGCAGCAACGGCCAGUAUCAGCCGACCGAGCUCACCGCUGGAAACUGCCAUGCAACCCAUCCCGGAGAAGGAGUUAAUGGUUCGGGCCAAAUUGGAAGAUCUUAUUGAUCAGGUAAGAAUGAAGAGACCUAUUCGCACUGUCCGCAACGAGGACCUUGACGUUGAUGUUGUAGAUAGGAUUGAGAACUUCCGAUUUAUUGUGGAUAAGUUGAAUUCUUUUGGUCACCUUACCAAAUUGCAUGUACUAAUCAACAAGGUUCAAUCACAUUUAAGUGGAUUGUCCACAACUGUUAAUGAAUUAGAACAUCAACAAAAGCAACGCUCCGAACUGACCGAUUGGAUCAAGAAGCAACAAGCAGCAGUUUCGGACUGGUCAACCAGACCAUCAAAACUACGUCCUGAAGCAGCCAAACAAGAACUGAUUUCGAUGAACGAUCUACUCAACUCGGUUGGAGACAAACGUUCACAAUUGAUGACUGAAAUGACGGGAUCAUUUGCCGAUGAUGACACUUCCGACAUCGAACAACAGCUCGACAAACUGGAAACCGAUCUAAUGGAUUCCAUUGCUAGAAAAACAUCCGGCCAAAAUAUCAUCGACACCUACCGUAAUGCCAUUGCAGAUAUGCAUUCGUGGUUCGAUAAUUUGAUCAAGAAAAUGGAUGUGCUUGACAAGGGAAGUGGACUGAAUUGCGUUCAGAAAGUGGAAGCAAUCACCGAAAUCAAAUCCGAUUUCGACGAACAGGGACCGUUGAAGAUGAAAGAUCUUAAGCAGAAGAGUCACGACGUUCACGAAAUCAUCAGUAAUUUGGAUGGUCAGCAAGUCGACGAACAGAUGAAGUCCAUCGACCGGCGAUACAAUGACAUUUCGAAACGUAUUGAACGAAAGGUGCAAAUAUUCGAUAUCACCAACCGUGGCGUUGAAAGUGCUAGAGGUGAAAUUGAACAAAUUGACAAUUGGACGAAGCAGCAAAUAAAUGAAUUGCAAUCACCGCAAGCACUCGGUUAUGAAAGUAAAUCUGCGGAUUCGCGUCUACAGAAACUGAAAGCUUUGACGAAAGAAUCGGACGCAAAACAAGCUUUGGCUGAGACAUUGGAGAAACGAGUGGCGAAUAUGCAAAACGAACUGGAGCCACUCGAGAAGUCUCAGUUAGACACGGAACUUAGAAAUUUGUCGGCCACACAAAAACAAUUGGCCGGUCUUAUACAAUCAGAGAUUGGUCUAGUGUCAGAAGCAGCGCAGGCACGCAAAAAACUGGAACACGAUUUGGAAAAAGCAAAACUUUGGCUCAAAGCCAAACUUACCGACGUGCGUAAAAUGUCCGGAUAUCUGCCACUCCAAUCUGCAUCCGUGGAGAAGGACAUUCAAACAUGUAAACAGAACGAAUCGGAUAUUAAGGAAUUCCAAGAAGGUCUGCUCAACGAUGUUUCGAAUCAAGGCAAAAAUAUUCUCAAAAAUUGUCCCGAAGAUGAAAAGGAGUAUCUGCAGAAAUUGCUGAAUGAAAUCGAAGUUGACUUUAAAACGCUCAAAGAGGAAUCCGGCAAUAAAAUGAAAUCGUUGAAUGAACUGUUGCAAGGACGCAAACUGUUCGAAGCUGAUGUCUUGAAGUUAAAUGACUGGCUAAACGAAGCCGACAUUAGUUGUUCGGGUGAAAUUCGCACUACCAAUUUACCUACACUUGAAGAACAGUUGGUCAAAUAUCGUCAGCUCAGUGAUGCCGGUAAGGUGAUGGGAGAGCUUUUAUCGUCGAUCAAUGAUCAAGGGAAGGCUGUUGCUCCAACACUAAGCAAUGCGGAAAAAUUGAAACUCAAUGAGCAAUUGAAGAGCCUCAAAGACAGAUACGCAAAGAUUAUGAAUGGAAUCAAUGAGAAAAUCCGAAAUCUUCAAGAUAACAUCAAGAAAUACAAAGACGCCAAGGCAAAAUUGGCCGAAUGCGUUCAAUUUUUGAAUGCCGUUCAGCAAGAAAUUCGAGAUCUUAAGAAACCAAUCGGCAGCAAAAUCGAAGAUGUUCAAAGCUUACUAUCGUCGUACGAACGUAUACUAGCCGACUUGAAGGACAGCAAAGCAAAAAUGGGCGAUCUUCAAGUUGACAACUUGCCAGAAUUACAAAGCAUAUUAUCGCAACAAGACGAUAUGAUCAAGCUGAUAGAAGACCAAUUGGCACAUCUGCGCCAACUGUUACUCCUUCGUGAACAAUUCAUAGCGUUGAUUAAUGAAAUCAUCACGUUCAUCAUGCAGUACACAUCUGUUAUAACCGACAUUGAGAAGUCACCCGACACAAUCGAAGACAAGAUAAAGCAAUACGGUGAUGUUAUAGUGAAGAUCCAAGAAUGCGAAGCCCUGCUAGCGUCAGCCAAUGACAAGGGACAAAAGAUUGCUUCCGAAGGUAAUGCCGCUGAUCGAAACAGCAUCACCGAGCAAUUACAAUCACUCAAGCAACAGCUACAAAAUCUGAGGAAACUUGUCGAAACGCAACGGCAAAAGCAUGAAUUAACUUUGGCCGAACACAAAAAGAUGGCUGCCGAUCUGACUGAAGUACUCGAUUGGUUACACGACAACGAAGGUAUCGUAAAAUCCCGUCCGUUGUUGGAUAGAGAUCCUGAUUCGGUUGAACGUGAAAUUCAGAAGCACAAAUCAUUUUCCUCGGACGUGAACAGCCACUUGAACAAAAUCAAGGCAAUCAAUAAACAAACCGAAAAUGAGCAGGGAAUGCCUGGAUCGUUAAUGGAAAUGAUUUCGGAGGGCAGGUCACUGGUGGCAACGCUUCCAAGCGAACUGGAAGAGCGUGAAAAAUAUCUGGUCAGCAGCAAGCAACAUCGCUUGGACUACAUGAUGUUAGUGGGUAAAUUCAACGAUUGGAUUCACGAAGCCGAAAUUCGUUUACAAAACGGUAACCAUGGCAUUGACUACGAAAAUAUCAUGACCGAUUUGGAGGAACACAAAAUAUUCUUCAGCACUGAGCCAACCAUCAAAGAUUUGGUAUCUAAACAAAUCCAAAGUGCGGCGGAUAAGAUUUGGCCAUCGUUGAACAAAAUGGAACAGGAAGAACUGUCCCGAGAGUUGCAGCAUCAUACACAAGUGCUGAAAAAUACGCUGAACUCGGCCAAAUCACAAAGAGCCCAGCUCGAACAAGACGGUGAAGUGUGGAAGAGCUACUGCCAAAUGAACGACAAAAUCCGAACAAUUAUGGCACGAAUCGAAUUCGACGAUCAACCUGUGGCCAAUUUGGCGGGAUUGCAGUUCAAUAUGCAGAAGAUUGCGCACGCUAAGAAUGAAUUGAAGUCACAUCAAGGUGAAUUAGACUUACUAAACGAAAAAGCCCGUGAAAUUCUACGUCAAGCUGAUCCGGUCAAUCGAUCCAAAAUCGAGCAACAGAACACCGAUACCAAUAAACAGUGGACCGAUUUGUUGAACAAUUUGGAAAAUCGUCGUGAAGCAUUGUCGACAUUGGCACAGCAUUGGGAAGAUUUCGAUAACAAGUAUCUAGCAUUUGAAAGCCAAAUAACACGUCUGGACGAACGAUCGAAACAUGUCGAUCCAGUGGUGAGGUCCAGACGACAGUUGGAAGAUACUAAGAAUGUCAUUCAGGAACUACUCAGUGAAAGUGAAGAUCUUAAAUCAAUACAUCAAGAGGUUACGACCCUCUCAAAAUCCAUCAUCUCAUUCCUUGGGAAAGUACACCAAUCCUCUGCUGAUGCCCUGCAGGGCAAACUCGACCAGCUCGGAAAACUAUACAAAUCACUAAAGGACACACUACACGAAAAGGAUACCAAAGCGAACAAAGAUUUGGACGAUAUUGAAGCGAUCUUCUGUAGCAUUUCCGAUUUACAAGAUACAAUCAACGCCUUACUCGAAGAGCUAUCAGAGCUUUACGUAUUCGGUGACGAUCAGCAGAAGAUCGAAGAGGAAUUGAAGAAACUACGAUCGUCCGUUGCACAAGCGAUUGACAAUAGCAAAACACUUAUCAAGGAAACGCAAGAGAAUUACAUCAAACAACAGAAUCUGGUACCGUCAGACGUUGGACAAGAAUUGACUUCAUUGGAAUUGUUAUCGGAACAGUUACACGGCGCCAUGGAAGAGAAAAACAGAGAAUUCAAGAGAGCCAAGACUGUGCGCACUGAAUACGUGACUGGUGUUGAUCAUGUACAGACUUGGUUACACAAUGCCGAGCUGCGCAUUCAGGAUCGGUCAAUGGAACCGUUACAAAUGAAAGAAACGUUGACCAAAAUUCAUCACGAAAUUAUCGGAAUCCAGGAACGAAUGGAUUCGGUCCGUAUGAAUGGCGGGAUCAUUAUGGACAAAAGUCGAAAUGACCGAGAAAAGGAAUUGGUUCAGACCACAAUUGAUCAAUUGAAUCAACAGUUGGGACAAAUUAGGGGCUGGAUCGAUGAAAAGAAACAGCAAGUUGGAGAUUCAUUAGACGCCUGGACACGGUUUAUGAAUUUGUAUCAAAUUGUAAUGUCAUGGGCGGCUGAGAAACGAACCUUUGUUGCGGAAGCAAUGAAAAUCACCACAUUAUAUGAAGCCAGACAAAAACUUAAUGAUUAUUCUAAUGCCGUAAAAAGCAUUAAACCGAUCGUUAAGAACUUAAGUGAAAUGGACAAGGAAUUGGAAUCGAUCACGCAGGUAACUACGGUUGGCGACCUUAGAGGUAAACUAAUUGAAGCUGAAGAGGCGAAAGUCGAAGUGGAGGCUGUUCUUCUUGAGAGGAACGCCCUUCUCCAAGAAACCGCCGAAGAAUGGGAACAAUGUGAAAAGAAACUGAAAGACGUUCGCACGUGGAUCGACAAAACAAAGACUGUUCUUGAAUCACCGCAACACAAAAAGAAACCCCUUCGUGAUCAAGUUGGCCUAUGCGAGAAAUACUUAGCCGACUCAUCCAUACAAAAGACUAAAAUCCAAAUGUCCAUCGAGAAGUUGCAGGUUCAUUUCCGGGCUGGCAUUGGUGGUGACACACAAAUUUGUGAAACAGCCACCGGUAUCGUACACGAUUUGGAUGAGUUGAGUGAUUUAGUGAAAGCUAAAAAUAACAGUCUCGAACGAACGUUGGCUCAAUUGGACACAUAUCAACAGCAGAUACAAUCGUUACGUCAGAAGAUAUUACACGAAGAGCAACAAUUACGAUUGGUAUUGGCGCCAACAUAUUUGCCGCACGAUCGUGAGAAAGCUGUUACGGAACAACAGGAGUUGUUAUCACUUGAAAUCGAUCAGCUACUUGCAUCAAUUGUAUCAUCGGAGCAUGGAAUUGAGAAUUUGCCAAAUGAUAGCCUAGAUAGUAUGCUGAAAGGACUGAAGCUCAUCUUUAUCAACUUACAACAGUACAAAGACGACGCCGACCAAUUAACCCAACUGAGAGCCGAGAUUCCUGACGAUCAACACCUUGAUUUUGUGUUGAUGCAAAUCAAGGACAAAAUCAAUUCACUUACGGUGAAAGCCAAUCACGGAAUGGAUUUACUUCAGGAAACCAUUGAUGCCCAAAGACGUCGAAAAUCGGAGAUUGAGAAAUACCAAAAUUUACUCGGCGAUAUCGAAACUUGGCUCACCACUGUCAACGUUCCCGUUAAUACAGCAGAGAACAUAUCGAACGACGAAGCAACUAUCAUUGAUGAACUCAACGAGAACAACUUCAUUGCCAGCAAGUUAAAGGAGAAAUUACAAUCGCUGCAGGACCUUCAGUCGAAUUGUGAAAAUCUAACAGCCUAUAAUGACGUCCAACCUUUGGCAAUCACACUGUCAGAGCAAUUGACGAUUAUUAUCAAUUUGAUCAGAGAACAGCAACUUGUAAUAACAACGCGUACCGAAUAUCUUCAACAGCAUCUGCAACAGUUAAGAGAACAACCAGUCAGCAUUCAGUCUACAGAUAAUACGAUAGAUUCCAGCCCAAUGCCGGAAGAUGAAAUUGUAGAGCCAAAAGUACUUCCCAUCGAACCAACGCAACCAGUUACAUCCACUCAAGUAUACGAAGUCGAGACACAAACCAGCGAAAGUCUUCAAAAACCGGUCAAGCAAACUCCAAUUGAUGAAGAGCAGCAAACGAGUUUCCCUCUAGAUAGCAAAACCGCCGUUGAAACAUUCGACACAUCUGUGCAAACGCUGAAGGAAAAGAAACCCACCGACAACAUUUCCGUUAUUCAGACCUAUUCUGAUGGUCAUGAAACCAUCAAAUUCGAAUCGGCUCCUAACCCGACCAUCAGUGAAAUCACUGAGGAUGUAUUUGUGGACGCCAAAUAUCAACAGGUUCCACCAGGUGAAACAAUUCGCUCAUCUGAACUCGUACUACGUAACGUACCGCAAUCGUUCGAGACUACCUUUACUGAACCCGAUGAAACAACUACCGAAGUGGUUUGCGAUCCAGAUGGAACGAAACGAAUUAUAGUUCGAAAAUUGACGAGAACAACACAGCACGUUCUGCAACAGAACCAACAACAACAAUUCACAACGGUGUCCACUUUAGUGGGAGCAGAUAACAUUCCAGUUACGCAAUCUGUGUCUCAAAUCAAUUUACAGAAUCAAGUUUCCACAAAUACGAUCACCGCUGGUGGUGGAACGACUACAACAAUUUCCAAAACCGGAAAAGGAAUGGUCAUGGCAGGAACAUCACCUGAUUCGAUGGUUGUCCAUGAAUUCGAACAUGAGCCAGUCGUGGAAGAAUACCAUUCUGGCCCUUCAGACGUAAUGCUUCAAGGUACACAGAUGCAAGAAGGUGAUGUCGUUUUUGUCGAUCAAGAGCCUUUGACAUCGGAACAGUUCGAACAGUCCAGUAUCCAAGCUGUUGUACAUCAAGUAACUAGGCGUAUUAUUCGCAAGACCCGGAAAAUAAUUAAAAGAGUUGUGAUCAUUGACGGUAAAGAACAUGUCACUGAAGAAAUUGUAGAAGAACCAGAGGAAGUUGAAAUAACCGAAGAAGAAGUGCCUCAAGUAAACGUCAACAUUGUCAGAACAGUAAACGGAAAAGUAGUUACAUCUGAACAGUACGAAGAACAAGUUCCACAAUCUGGCGUCGGCACAAUCAUAACUGAAGUUGAAGAAAAAAUGCAGUCGAAAGGUGACCCAAUUAAAGAUGUUGACGGAAACACUCAGGUAUUUGAAAUUAUUCAAGCACCCGUAGAGUUGGUUAUUGUUGAUCCUGCACCAGUAGACAUAACUUCUGAAACUGAACUUACAGACGGGAAAUUAGAACCGUCUCAAGUACAACCGGCAAACAUUCAAGAGGAAGAAAAUGUAGAAAAUAUCGAAAAUAUAUGGCCGCAAGAACAUCAUUUGGAACAACAAGGACUGGAGAUAUCACAACGAACUGAGGAAGAAUUAACAAUUAGUGAACCAUCAAUAAAGGAAGAUUCGCUUGUGUCACAAGAAAUUUGGCCACAAAACUUAAACACCGGCUCGGACUUCAUUUUGGAAACUUAUGAAUUCGAUGCCAAGCCACCGUCACCAGUUAUUGAUGAAGUUUAUACACGCGAACUGAUUGAAGAAAUUGACGUUGUGGACAAAAGCGAAAAGAAAACUGAAUCCCCGAAGCAAUCGAUAAGUGAAGUUCAAGAAGUUGUUGAAGAGCGACCAAAGUCAAUUGAAAAAGUACAAAUUGACAUUCAACCAAUGGUUGAGCAGCCUGAACAAAUUGUGCAGACGAUUGAAGAACAAAAGCCCAAAGAAAUUUCAGAAGAAGUGGUUCCGAAAUCACCAGAAUCGAUUGAAGUUACCGUAGAAGUGGUGAAAACAGAAGAAUUGCCUACAACUCCAGUCGAGGAAAAUAUUUUGCUCACACCGAGUCAAGCUGAAGAAAUUAUUGAACAACAAAUCGAACAAUAUAUUGCACACGAAGAAGAUAAGGUUGUUGACACGAUUCUAGAGUCCGUUGAAAAAAUUGAAGAAUCUGUUCCGUCACCACAAGAAUUGAUUGAACCCACAAUAGAAGUGGAGAAGGCGAUCGCACCGUCAGAGCCUGAAGUCACUGAUAUAGUGGAGGAGGUGAUUGAAAAUGUACCUGAAAAGGCGGAUGGUAGUGUGACUUUAAGUGUAGAAGAAACCAUAUUACGGCAAGAUGAAUCAAUUAAAGAAGAACCUGUAGUAGAGCAAUUCCAAGUACCUGAAACAAAACAAAAUACUGAAAUCGUUACCGAGACUGAUACGUCGAUAACAAUUCAAGAAGAAGGAAAACAAUCGAAGGAACCUGAUCAUAUUCCUACAGAAAUGGAAUCCGAACCGGAUUCCCAAUUAAUUAAAGAAGAAACACCGACUCCGAAGGCCGAAGUAAUUCUUGAAGAAGAAACAGCAGAAGAAAUACCUUUGAUUAAACCAAUUCCUACCAUUGAUGUCCGUUUGGCAACUCACCUUUUCUUGGAAGCUGAAGCAGUGGCUGCCGAUCCGCACACUCAAACAAUAAAAGUGUCGCUUCCAGCCAAAGGAACACAAUCUCCUGGGUCUGUAAAGGUCACAAUGAAAGUGGACGCAGAUGAAGAGCAGCCAAAGGUUAACGUCAACCUAGUGGAAGAAAGUCACGUACCAGUGGUUACGGAAAUCAUUGAUGCAGUAGUCGACGACUCUUCGAAAAGCGAUGGCAGCAAACGCAGUCGCAAGAAAAAGAAACGAAAAGACAAGGAAACUCCGUCUAAAGAAGAAUCGCAAGAGGAAUUAUCACUUCAUCCGUCUCUUGACUCUGUUGAACUUAUUGUUGAAGACGAUAACACAAUUUCUGAGCACAUGGAAAUGCCUGAAGAGCAGGUUAUCGUUGGAACUGGUACACCACCGUCAGAUCGAGAAAAUGUGCAAGAAACUGGAUAUGAACCAAUUGACGAAACUGCCGAAGAAGAUCACAAAGACGAUAAGAGCAAGAAGAAGAAGAAAAAGAAGAAACAAAAAGUCAAACCCAUCACUGAUGAUGAGUCAUUAGUAGCAAAGUCUGUAGACGAUGAAUCUCGCGGUGAAGACACACCUUUCGAGUCGGAAUCUGAAGGCGGCGUUAAACAUGAAGAAGAAAAGGAAAUAACGCCAGACGAAUCAGUGAAAAGCAUUUCCGAACCGCAGGAUGAUUCUGUUAAAAUUGUUGAACAUUCAGUGGUGUCGUCAGCAUCCGAAUCGCCAAAACCACUUGUAACUGAAGUCAUUGUCACAAAAUCAGUUGUUGAAGAAACUUUAACCGAAGAUGUUGAACAACAAACAUCCCCAGUGCAAAUGGCUGACACGACUGAAUUGAAAGACCCAGUAAGUUUAGACGUAAGAUCAGUUCAAACAUCCCCUGAACAAAAAGAAGCCACAGUGGAGAUAUCACUUCAAACGUCACCUGAGCCAACUAAUCAGCUCGAACACGAAAUGCAAACAUCUCCAACGGAACAAAGUGAAGCCCAAAUCCAAACCACUCCAGUUAAGUUUGAUGACGAAGAGGAACGAGUGAUAAUUGAACAGACCACCACUGAAAUGCAGACGGAUGCAGUUGAAGCACCAGAACAACGCGAAACAAUUGAAUGUUCGAUUCAAACUACAGUAGUAACGACUGAAGAAAAAGAACUGCAAACGACACCGUCCACAACUCCAAUCAUUGACACUUCCGCUGAAACAGUGUAUCCAUCUGAAGAAAUUGUCAGACCGGUUGCGGAGCAGUUAGUUACUGACAUUUGCAACACUAUUCCGAUCAAAAUACCUCAGACUAACGAAGCAACAAAUACAGAAGUGACCACAACCGUUGAAUCCAUAACGCAGACGUCACCAGUUCAAUUUGCUGGCGACAGGCGAGAUGUGGAAACGCCUUCAUUGACGACUUCAUCUGAAGAACCGUAUGAAAUCCAAAUCGAAGCUUCAUUCACCGUUCCCGAUGGAGGAGUUCAGAGUUUCAAGAAAGGUGAACCAGUUUUGAUGGAGAUUAAGAAAUCCUUUACGAUAGAUGACGAUGGAGUUCCUGUCGAAGUUUUCGACGAUGGUGGUGACGACGACAAUAAGAAAAAGAAAAAGAAGAAGAACAAAAUUAAAAAGAAGAAAGCUGAUACCGCCGAAGUUCAAGUAACAGUCAGUGGAGCGGAUCAAAAAUCGAAAAUUGAUGAGACUCGCAAAUUCCUGGAGGGAGAACAGUAUCAAAAGGAAACUCCAAAGGAAUCUAUAUUUGAACCAGAAUCUCAGAGUACAAUAGAUGACGAUACGAAACCAUCUACCGAAACUGAAACUAUCGAAGUUACAACAAUGAUUGUAAAGACCGAAAUUGUGCCAGAUUCACGAGAAAUUGAACAACCGGAUGAAAAGGAAGCAGAAGUACAGAAACCGGAAGUACAACAACCCGAAGUACAACAACCCGAAGUACAACAACCCGAAGUACAACAACCCGAAGUACAACUACCAGAAGUACAACAACCCGAAGUACAACUACCAGAAGUACAACAACCCGAAGUACAACAACCCGAAGUACAACAACUCGAAGUACAACAAUCGGACGUACUGCAACUGGACAUCCACUCAGAAGCAAUUGCACCUUCAGCACCAACCUUGGAUGCGAUUAAUAAUGCUCCACAUGAUUCAAGUGAAACCGUAUUGCUAACCAUUGAGAAGAAAACUGUGUUCGACACUACCUUCGGAACAACUGAUCAAAAUACGGUUGUCGAUGAAAUUUUGGUUGGAGAAGCUCCCAAGCAACUGGAACCUGAUGUGUCUGCUAUUGCUGAGCCAGAAAAACUUUCCGAAGAACCGAGGCCGGAUGGUAAAUCCAUUACGCAAACCUUCAUAGAUAAUGAACAAUACAUGAAAGUCAGAGAUGAAAUUUCCCAGCCUACAGUUGACACAACAGCAGCCGAAAUUGUUCAACAAGUUGAGACGAUUUCUGGAUUAUCCGAAAAACAGCCGCCUGUUGAAUCUCAACAUGUGGAGAAGGAGAGUGAAGCCACUUCUGAAUCGCCAAAAGACCAAACUGUGAGCCUGAUUAUCACAAAGACUGAAGUAACUUAUGUUCCACCUACGGACGUCGUAGCCGAAAAAGUGGAAGAAAUUCCUCAACAAUCUGGUAUCAUCGAGAAAUAUGUCGAUGUCGAUUCAAUGGCACCGGAUAGAAAGAUAAUUGAUAUUACCAAAUCCUUUAUCGAUGGUGAACAAUAUGAAAAACCGGCACCGUUCCAAUCAAUCUCUGUGAGAGUUGUCGUCGCAACCACUGAACCUGACGAAGCUAGCAUCGAUCAACCGAUUCCUCACGACGUGUUACCAAUUGUCGAAAACCAGCCCACAGAAGAAGAAAAACCAUCUGAGGAAGAGAAUCUCGUUCAACUGACUAUUUCAAAAACAACAGUAACCGAUAGUUUCAAUGAAGAGGACGAACAGCCACCCGUGCAACAACAUGAGGAAAAAGUGGUUCAUCAAAAGAAAUCCUCAAAAUCAAAACCAACUUCCUCCGUAACAAUUGAAGAGGUAAUGUCGCCAACAGAAGAACUGAAUGUUCCACUAACACCUGGCAUGGACAUUGCGGCCGAAUACGAAAGAGUACCAGAUUCGAUUUGGAGCUCAGAUCUAUUGCAACAAAACCGUCCACAACCAUCUUCGCAAGAGCUCAUCGAAGCAGAAAGGCAGGAACAUCCGAGUACAAUUCAUCAACGACCAACAACGCUUGUCUGGACCGAUACAAGUAACGUGAUAUCCAAUCGUAUACGACAAAUCAAUGAUGCUCGCGGUGGAACACACCUCGGAGAUGUUAUACAUUUGGCCACGCUUAGUGAUACUGUUUCGCAAGAGCCAGUCGAAAAUCGCAUCGAGGCAUUGGAAGAAAACUUGGGAACACUUCAGGAGGCUGUUGAUAGACGCGAUACCAUCGUCAUUCAGCGCAGUGUUAUUACUAUCAUUGAAACGAUCUCUACUUGGCUAGAGACCGUUGAAUAUCGUGUAUACCAAUUGCGACAACAAUCAAGCGACGGACCGACCGAAGAAAACAUGCGCAGUUUCGAUGAGUUGAAGCACGAACUACAUGAAAUCCAUGGACAUGUGGCACAAUUUUCGAAAGAUUUGCAAGAUGCUGGCCGUGUUGUCAGUCCUGACGAACGUGAUAAAAUGAACAAAUGUUUUGCAGCAUUAAGUGAUCAAGUCAAGACCAUCGAGGAGGUGACAAAGGAAAGUGAAGUGCAGGCCUCCAGUGAUUUGCAACGAUGGAAUGAGUAUAUUUUACAAAUAGAACAAAUUCUCAUCAACAUCACGAACCUGCAGGAGCGCUUCGAAACCAUUGUGAACACUGAAAUCACAACCGAAGAAAAAUUGGUCCUUUUGGAUGAUUUGGAAAAUCGAAAUCAAGAACAGGGCAGAAACAUUGCUCGCCUGCUAAAGAGUACAUCGAUCAGUUUGAUGAGAGAUUUCCCGAACAAAGAAAUACCCCAAGAAAUCUAUGGCUCGUACGAAGCGUCCAGGAAUUUAGAGAAUAACAUUUUCCUCGAAAGAAGUCGCUUGCUUCAGCUACAAACGCUUGCGGAUGAGUACGAGCAAACGCUAAAUGAAUUCAGUCAAAUCACCCUGCUGGCUGAUACCCUGGUUGAGCAGCCAAUUGUAGCCAGUUCACUGGAAGAAUUACAACAAGAAAUGCAAAAGCAUAGAAAGUUCUUUGUGAAUUUGAGCCACUGCCGUUCGAUUUUGGAAUCAUUGGAAGGCAAUUUGGACAAUGAAACUCGCAUAAAGCAUGCCGAACUACAUCAAAAUCUCUAUGCCAAAGCGUCAGCAAUAUUGGAUAAAGCAUCCGAUAGAGCGCAACGAAUAUCUUUGGCAGCAUCCCGAUGGACUGUUUUAGAGAAGGGAAUGCGAGAAGAGAGACAAUGGCUUCAAGUGGCUCAACAAAGAGUACCAGACUUGUCAGCUGUGACCUCAGCUGACUAUGAUCGUUACAUAACCAUGUACCAGUCACUUAGCACGGACAUUUCCAAUCAUCAUGCCAAAGUCACUCAACUCAUAAAUAACGCCAGCCGACUACAGGAACUGGUUAAUGCUCCCAAUUUGGAAGAGGAAAACAACGAUUCCCUCAUGGUAUUACUAAGACUGAAGGAGGAGGUCAAUUUGUACCUUCGCCGGCUAACGACCUUCCGUGAGAUUUGGAUACAUUUCGAAGCAUUGACCGACAAAUUGGAAGUGUGGAUUAAAGAAGCAGAACGCGACAUUUCACAGAUUGAAUUGCCGAAAGAUUUACGCACACAGCCGAUUGAAAAUAUGCGUCAAUUCUGGGAGAUCAAAGUGCAUCACGAGUUGCACGGCAAUAUUCGAAAUGAUGUGGGACAAAACUUUGAGAAAGCACUUCAAAUUCUGCCUUUGGCUGAUGAAAUGUUACAGCGCCAGUUCCAUGGCCAAUUGGAGGAUCGAUGGACGAGCAUUAGCAAUAAAAUCAAUGCAAUUCAGAAUGCAAUCGUCAACAGCAUUUCCUCGCAAGAUAUUCCAAUCAACGAAAAAUUGGCCAUUUUGGAAAGAGAGCUACAGGAAUUGGAAUUGAAUAUAACGUCGACAAAGGGAGUGAUCAAGAACGAAGAUGAACUGAAUUUGUAUAUUGAACGUAUGCAAGUGCUCAAUACUCGUGUCGGAAUUAUUGCCAACGAACUUGGCCGUGUCGGUAUGCUACCAUCGACCGAACCCGAACGUAUUGGCGAACUAUUCGCACUAUCACACCGCAUUUCGAUGCAAAUUUCUGAGGAAUUGGAAGGAUCACUCAUGCUAAGAGAUCGUCUAAUUGCGAUCCAGCAAGGAAUUCAUCGUAUUCGCAAAACUCAAGCCCAAGACUCGCUAGUUUUAGACGAUUGCGAGUCAUACGAAAAGAUGGGCAGCGAACAAAUCGAAAAGGCCUUCAGUGAAUGUCAAACCAUUUCCGAGGAAUUGAUCGAACAGUGGCAGGAAAUUAUGCGGCUCAGACAGUUACUUCACACAUUGCCAAUGCGACUACGUGUCUCUGUGUCACCGGUCAAAUUGGAGCGUGAUAUUUCGCAGCUUCAAGACGAGCAUGCCGUAUUGGAGUCACGUUGCGGCAAUAUUCUUGGACUGCUGAAGAAUCGUCUGGUUUUGUGGAGACGUUUCGAAAGACAACUGGAAAUCGUUCAUCAAUCUGUGCAGGAGACCGACUACAUGAUGGAAUUGUUGAAAGUGAAUGGACACAUCGAUUACGAACGGUUGAGGAAAACAACGGAGCGAUUAGAGGGUCUGCAUGGUGAUUUGGAUGAACGUGAAAAUUUGCUGGAAGAAUUGCGUUCGACAGCCAAACCACUGAUUGACACAUGUGACACGGAUAUUGCUCAAAACAUUGAUGCUGCCGUUCAAGAAGCAUGGAAUGCUUGGAAUGAUACACGUGCAAACUUAUUGGAUCUAAAGACUAAAUAUCAACGAGCUGUUAAUUUGUGGCAACAAUAUCGCGAAGCUAGUGCAGCUGUGAGGGUGUGGGCCGACGAGCAAAUGGGAACAAUUGGAACAUUGCAGCCCAGCGAUGCUAUCAAACAAGUUCAGGAAUGCAAACACACCCUUGACCUGCAUAGUGCAAGAGUUGCCGAACUCCGCGAUAUGGUCGCCCAGAUAGCCAGCGAUGUUGGUGUUGAUGCCUCGGAACUGUUAACGGGCGAAAUCGAUUCGUUGAGCCAGCGGUUAGAAUAUGUACGUGAAUCGAUAUCAACAUUGGCCGACAUUGCCGAAUCGUGUGCCAUUAAUGAGGAGGAAUGCACGAGAAAUAUCAAUCAAGCGAAAAGUUAUUUCAAUAAUAUGCAACAGGCAAUCGCUUCCGUUGAAUCGGAGAGUCCUGAAAAUCAAUUGGCCAUAGUUCGUACCCAUCUUCUCGCACUGGGAAAAACGGAAGGACAGUUGAAAGAAUUGCGUGACAAGUCGGGUGAAAGUUCAUCAACGGCCACGGAAUAUUCAAUUGUCGAAGUGCUUCAGCUGUGGCAGAAAAUAUUCCAAGACACUUUCCAUCAAUAUCACCGUUUGUCGUCUCGCCUCGUCCAAAGCCAGGACAAUGCGUCGGCAUUGAAACUGUGGCAUGAGUACCUGCAACAUGUACAAUCAUUUUUGUCCAGCACGAUACCGCAAGACUAUUCCAGCUUGACGGAACACCGUCAUUUGUGCACUGUCCAUCAAAAUCUAUUGGCCAGCCAGAAGUCGGUGUUGGAAUUGAAAUCCGAGAAAUCGAAUGUAGAUCCAAACAUUCUGGAACAGUUCAACUCUCUGACCAAUCUACACAAUGAAACCUUGUCUCGCAUACUCGACAGACAUUCGGAAAUCGAAAUGAGACUGAACGCUUGGGAUAAGUACCGUAAAGAUCAGGCACUGUUGCUGGAAUGGUUGAAGGAAAAGGAACGCGAGAGAUCUCGGCUGCAACUGAAAUACAUUCACCUGAGACGAGUUCCGAAAGUUCUUCAUCGCAUCGAACGUAUCAUUGAGCAAAUGCCACAGGGUGAAAAUGAGGCAGAAAGUUUGCGUCAACAACAAUUGAGCUUCCUGCAUUUCUGUGACGAUGCUAUUGCCACAUCUAUUCGUAUGGAACACGCCGCCAGUUCGCAGAGAAUUGCAAAUCUUCGGGCUGGUCUAGAGACAUGGCGAGACUUUUUGGAGAAAAUUGUCAAUUUGAGUAAGACCUACGACGACAAGGUGAAAUCGAUCCAGUCGAAUUUCCAGGAAACUCAAACCAUAGUGACAAACGCUGCCAGUAAUCUGCCAACAAAUUCGAUUGACAUCCAAGAACGACUGAACCAGUUGCGCAAUCAACGAGUUCGUUUGAACAAUUUGAUUCCCGAAUUGGAGUCGAUUAGUGUGAUUCAGGAGGAAUUGAAGGAAUGCAUCAGUCCGUUCGAUAUGAAAACCAUUCGACAAAUGGUCUGGAUAUUAUGGCAACAGCAGGCAGACUUGGAUCAACAGCUAUCCAGCUUAAUCAAUCAAAUUGAAGAACGUAUGUCGUUGAAUGAGAUGUUCUCGGCCAAAUAUGACAGACUGAUGAAGUGGAUGGACGGCAUCGAGAAACGAUUGGACGGAGAUUCGCAAAGUGUUCUGUUCGAUCCAGAAGAUGUGAUCAAGAAAAUUGAAAAGGAAGUCCAAACGGAAAUGGAACUUCGCGAACACGAACGUGAAUGGCUACUGUUCAACGGACAAGAGCUAUUGACAUUCUAUGCUGGCAAUUCCAAAAAAGAGAAACAAAUACGGCAAGAAAUUCAAACCAAAUUGGAUGCCAUCGUUGAUCGAUGGGAACGUUUGAAGUAUUUGUGUAAGUCCAGAUCGAAUAAGAUAAACGACUUGAAGAUGACAAUGCUUCGGCUGGAAGAGCGAAUUGCCGAAAUUCGUUCCUGGUUACAAUCCAUGGAAAUUGAAUUGUCGAAGCCGGUCGUGUUCGAGAAUUUGCAUAAAUCUGUCAUAGACUCGAAGCUGAAGGAACAUGAUAAACUCCAACGUGCCAUUGAAGGAGAAAGCAGUAACAUCGGUGACGUGCUGAAUUUGUGCGAGAUGCUCUUAAGCGACGUCGACACCUGGAAAGCUCACUUCAACACCAACACACUAACAUCGUCCGUUGACAAUUUGGAACGACGGUGGAAGAAUGUGUGUGGAAUGUCGGCUGAGAGAAAGCGACGAAUAAUGACUACAUGGUCGCUGUUACUGGAAUUGCAUGCAAUGACAAACGAUCAGGAGGCAUGGCUCAUUGCACAAGAGAAUGAUUUGAAUGACUUGGAACAAGGUCUGGAUGAUCUCACUCAAGCUGAAGUUAUUAAUCGUAUAGCCGUUCUGGAAGAGAAAAUCGUUGAAAUUGAAUCUCGUUCAUCCAUUUUCAAAUCGUUGGAACAAACCUACUCCAAACUGGCCAAAACAAACGGUUUAGAUCCAGAGAAUGUGAAACAUUUGACAACCUCGACCCGCUUUAUGUUGAUAAGGUGGCGCGCAUUGGUUCCUAAGGCAUUAGACAUUAUCGGAAUGCUUAAUAUGGACAUGAAAAUGUAUCGAGAGUUCAUCAGCUGCCAAAAUAGAGCUAUGGAAACCCUGACUCAAAUCCAAAGCGACUACAACGGACUAAAGAAUAACUUAACCGAAAAUCCAGAUGAUCAACUACGCCAACUUCAGUGCUUCGAACAGGAACUGAAAAUGUGUGAACAUGAUCUAGCCAAUGCGGAUAAGCUCGGACUCGUUUUGAUGAAAAAGGGAAGACCCGACGAAAUUCAAAGCAUCCAGUCGUUGAUCGACGAAUAUCAAUUGCUCUGGUCGAUCGUUAACACAUCCAUCAUCAAAUACAAGAACGAAUUGACGACAACAAUCGACCGCCAAAAGGAAAUUGACGAAGGCGUACAGGUGGAAACGUUACGAUUCGAAUCGGACUCGGCUUGCCAAGUGAACACAUUGCCGGGAUUGAAUCGCAUGACAUCCAUUACGCCAAAAGAUGCGUACAUUUACGAACUGGCAGCGGCCAUUAAGGAAGUCCGUUCGAAUUUGGAAUCGUUGGAGAAAGCUGUUAAUGAUCCGUCGAAGAAGCCUGGUUCACAGGUUGUGUCGAAACUAAUAUCGAACAGUCAAUCAUCGGUGGAAUUAAUGAACCAUUUGAGUACGCUGUUAAUCACCGAAUGCUUCAGUUCAAACGAAGAGGCAGAGGUCAAUGAAGUCGCUGAACUGUGUGCACAAUAUGAGACCCUUGUCGCGUUGUGGAGAGCCAAGGAAAGACAACAAGAAAGCAGCAGUGAUUCUGGCCGAUUGACGUGCCCACUCUGCUCACAACGAAAUUGGCAACAAAUCGACAACGAUCUUUGGCGCCUGGAGCAAUGGCUUCAAUUUGCCGAAGGUACACAGAAGACUCAAACCGCACCGCCGAAUAACAUCGAACAGCUGGAAGACAUUGUGACAGAUCAUCGGGAAUUUUUCCUGGAUCUGGAAAGUCACAAAUCAAUUGUGUCGUCACUGAAUGUGGUCGGUGAUCAUUUGGCUACGCAUACAUUGGACACCGAAAAGGCUAAACAACUUCGCAAUCGCCUCGAAACGGACAAUAAACGCUGGGAGAAAAUAUGCAAACAUGCUGCCCGGUGGCAAUCGUUACUUCAAGCUGCUCUGAUGGGAAACAACGAAUUCCAUGAGAUCAUCAAUGAACUGUGUCUGUGGUUAGAGCAGACCGAAGAGAUGAUCCAUGCGUCCGAACCGGUUGACUUGACGGUGGAUCGCAAAGUUUUGGAAGCAAAGUUCAAAAAAUUCCGUGAAUUGCGCUGUGAAUUGGAACGCUGUGAGCCGAGAGUUAUAUCAUUACAGGAGGCAGCCGAUCAAUUACUGCGCACCGAUGAUUCGCCGUCAUCGUCAACCACCUACUCAAAAACACUUUGCAGAUUGACCGAUCUACGUUUGCGUCUACAAUCAUUGCGUCGCUUGACUGGUGUUUACAUCGUCAAAUUGGGAGCCGUACUCGGCUAUGAUUCAACGCAAAUCGGACUCAAUUUGUCCGGUUCAACGAAAGAACCAUCAUCGUUACACCUUCUGUCGCAAGAGCUACUGGAACAAACUGGCGCUCAGCUGUUACAGGCCUCAUCACAUUCCACUGAUUAUGCAAAUGUCGACGAUAUGACUUCCGAAGAAAUCAAUACAACCGUCCUUGUACGCGGUUAUCGUUUCUUAGGAAGAGUGCUGCGUGCAUCACUACCCAUACAGGCAUUAAUGCUCCUUUUGCUGGGCGUUGCAGCGAUGGUCCCACAUGGUGAAGAUUAUACGUGCACAUUCGGCAAUAACUUUGCAAAGAGUCUGGAGCCGAUGUUACACUAUCAGAAUGGACCACCGCCAAUUUAAAGAAAAAAAGAGAAAAAAAUUUUGUCAACACACUGUAGACAAUCAACUAAAAAAAAGAUCAAUUUAUACGCGUGGAGAAGUGCCCUUUGAAUUAUCCGAUCCCCCUUAUACAUGUUUACCUUGUCUAGUCCUUACAUUUUAAUCCUCAAAUUAAGAUCGAAGAGAAACAAAAAUUGAGAAAUUGCCUUUUGAAUUGUAUAAAUUAAAGCGAAGAAAAUUGUAAAUUUUGUGUGUGUUAGGAACUUACAUUUAAUGUAAAAGAGAAAUAUUUUGUAAAUAGAAGCGAAAAAUAAUGGAAUUCCAAUAACUCAAAACCAGAAAAGAGAGCAAAAUGAUUAAGGGAUGUCCGUGACAUUUGCAUGUAUCCGCGUGACAUCCUUCAACAUUAUUUAUGGCUCUGUGGAAGGUAAAUCCUUAAAGAUUUUUUUGUAUUCAUUGUAGAGGUUAGCAACAUAAGUCUUUCUUUUGAAAAUAAAAUUAAGAAUCGAACGAUAAAAGCAGAGCACAGUAAACACAAUAUCGUAAAUCAGAGAAUGAAAACGCAGCUAAAUAACUUUUGAUGAUUUUAUGAA